CGGGAGUAUUGCAUUAGCAGCUAGCAAUAUUUGUUGAAUUUGGAUGAUCGUCUCACUUUAUUUAUUUAUUUAUUAUAUGAAAGGAAUAUAUGCAACAUUUUUAAAUCAAUGGAGUAUUACUGCUUUCAGUCAACGCAUGCAUGAUUCUAAAUUAUUCCCCCAAUAAUAACGACUUCUUCUCAGUUAGCCGUCCCUAAACGUACAUCGAUUAUAAAUAAGGAAGGACUCUGGCAUCUUCAGCAUCAAAGCUGGUGCUUAAUUCUUUCAGAGAGAUCAGAGAGAGAGAAUGGAAAGGCUCCAUGUAUUGGCUAGUUUUCUACUGUUUCUGGGUAUAUUCGCCACAAAAUUCACAUCAACAAUGGCUGCUUGGCUGCAAGCCCAUGCAACUUUCUACGGCGGAAGUGAUGCUUCAGGAACAAUGGGAGGUGCCUGCGGUUAUGGAAAUCUCAACACCGAUGGUUAUGGCAUAAAAACUGCAGCUCUUAGCACGGCUUUGUUCAACGAUGGGAAGUCAUGCGGCGGGUGCUAUCAGAUAGUGUGCGACGCAACCAAGGUUCCCCAGUGGUGUCUCAGGGGUACUUCCAUUACCAUCACCGGCACAAACUUCUGUCCUCCAAACUAUGACCUCCCCAGCGACAAUGGCGGCUGGUGCAACCCUCCACUGCCACACUUCGACAUGUCUCAGCCUGCCUUCGAGACUAUUGCCAUAUACAAGGCUGGGAUCGUACCCAUUUUGUAUAGGAAAGUGGGAUGCAGGAGAAGUGGAGGCAUCAGAUUUACUAUCAAUGGAAGAGAUUACUUCGAAUUAGUGCUGAUAUCCAACGUAGGGGGAGCUGGAGAUAUCUCUAAUGUUUGGAUCAAAGGGUCUAAAACCAACAAAUGGGAAACCAUGUCAAGAAACUGGGGCGUCAAUUGGCAGAGCCUGAUUUAUCUUAAUGGUCAGAGCUUGUCGUUUAGAGUCCAAACCAGCAAUGGACAAACUCGCACAGCUCUCAACGUGGUGCCUUCCAAUUGGCAGUUUGGGCAGUCCUUCACCAGCAACGUUCAAUUCUAGAUGAUUGGUACAAAAGCAUAUAUAUAUAUAUCCUUCCCUAUUUGUUUGAUUUUCUCUGCUAGCUGUUAAUUUCCUCCCUAUGUAUUACAUUUCCUUCCCCUUUUAGUUCAGAAGGAAGGGAAAAAAAAAAAAAAAAAAUAAAGAAUUCUGGCUGGGUUGUGGCUGAGUUUUGCUGUGAAGCCCACCGAGUUGUACGCCGAAAAGAGUAGAAUAUUGUAUGCUACUUAAUUUGAGACGUACAUGCAUUGCGUAUGUAUAAUACAGUCAUAUUCAUACUUAAUGUCGCGUUUAAUUUUCUACUAUUUUUUAUUUGAAAAAUGCUAGUAUGUUAUUUGAA